GAAAAUUGGAAUGGGGAAACUCUCUUGUCUGUCACCUUCUCAUUGCUCUCGACAGAGCGAUUGCGUUCAAUAUUAUCUCUGACCAUCUUCACUGAUUCCCAAAUAACGUGAGGUGCUAAAGCACAUAAAAGGACGGACAUGGUUUCUCUACCUCUGGCGCCAUCAUCUUCUCGUUCCUUCCCUUGGACUAUUAGGUUACGAUCAACCCAACCCUCCUCUGCUUUCUAGUUUAUUCCCUUUUUUCAUCGACAUUUCAAAGGAUUAGGAGUUGGUUAUUUUGUCCCAGGGGUUUAAAUAUUUGAGGCCCCUGCUAGCUGAAAAAGAAAACAGCAAAAGGGCUAAUCUUUGGGGACAUUCGGUAUUCAGAAUGCAGAGGAAAAGGGAUGAUAUAGACGAGCUCUUUCGCAUGGCGGAUCCUAUUGCUACCGAUUUCAUGGUUGCUGGCAGGAUGCCUAUGCCUAGCCUAUUUGGUGGGAAGGAUCCAUUUGAUGAUCCUUUCUUCACUCGCCCUUUAGGGGGAAUGUUUGAGCAUGGUCCGUUGUUCCAAUCUCGCAGUUCUACCGCCACUGCUCAUGCUGCACGGGCAAGUGGUUCAAAAGGUCUUGUGAUCGAGGAGCUGGCUUCUGAUGAUGAGAUGGAAGAAGAUGUUCAAGAGAAACGGGCAGGGGUUGUCCAUGGAAAGGUGGAUCAUUCUAGGAAACAACAACCUUCGGUUCAGCACCCUGACGACGACGAUGAAACUAAUGAGGGAAAUGUUCUAGCUGUGAAUAGAGGGAUCGAGCAUACCAGGACACAAGGCAAUGGGGCGAGGUCUCGUGGCUUUAGUUACAGCAAAGUUACAUAUGGUGGUGUGAAUGGAGCUUACUACUCAUCGACAAGAUCCAGGCGUGUUGGUGGUGAUGGAGUGAUGAUUGAGGAGAGCAGAGAGGCGGAUAAGACUACAGGUCAAGCGACGCAUAGAGUCUCAAGAGGAAUUAAUGAUAAGGGACAUUCUGUCACACGGAAGCUUAAUCCAGAUGGUAAGGUUGAUACGCUACAAACAUUGCACAAUCUCGAUGAAGAGGGUCUUGCAGGGUUUGAAGAUGCGUGGAGGAAGGGUAAUUUCAGUGGUCACCUGCCUGGGUUUAUCAAUCCGUCCGGGAUGACUGAAAGUUCUGCAGGUUCUCGUGAACCGAGGGAGCUGGUGAACUGGGGAGAUAUGGCUAAUCCAGCUGCGAUAUUUGGAGCUGGAGGAAGAGGUCAGAACAGAUCUGGGAGCAAUACUUCCAGUAAUGCGAGAGCCAAAAAGAUUGUUAGGAUCAACAUAGAGUAGUUAAUUGAAACUGUGUUUUGGCUUUUCUAGCUGCUGUCUAGCAGCAUUUCUUUUUUCCAGUGCUGUAUCUUAUUGUAAACGUCACUGAACCAUUUUGAACGACGGGUCAAAUGUUGUAUAAGGUUCACAAAUACAAUAGACAUCCCACUUAUUAUUGUUCUACGAAACUGUGAUGUUCAGGAAAAGAUAAAUACAAACUACAA